AAGGGAAGGGAAGGAGAGAAAUAUCAAUGUAUGGUUGCUUCUCAUGGGUUGCCAGCUGGGAACUGGUCUGCAACCCAGGCAUGUGCCCUGACUGGGAAUUGAACCAUGAUCCUUUGGUUCUCAGGCCCACGCUCAAUCUACUGAGCUACACCAGCCAGGGUUAUGUCAGUUACUCUUAUACCUCCAACUUUGUUCAUCUUUCUCAAGAUUGCUGAGAUUAUUUGGUAUAUUUUUGGUUCUACAUAAAUUUUUGGAAUAUUUGUUCUAAAUCUGUGAAACAUUUCAUUGGCAGUUUAAUAGGAAUUGCAUUGAAUCUAUAGCUUGCUAUGGGUACUAUGGACAUUUUAAUGAUGUUAAUUCCUCCAGUCCAUGAACACAGUAUGUGCUUCCACUUAUUUGUAUUUUCCUCAGUUUUUUUCUUCAGUAUCCUAUAGUUUUCAAGUACAGGUCUUUUACCUUCUUGGUUAAAUGCAUUCCUUGGUUUCUUAUGUUUUUGUUGUAAUAGUAACUGGGAUUGUUUUUCUUUCUGACAGUUCAUUAUUGGAGUAUAAAAAUGCCACUGAUUUCUGCCCUGGCUGGUGUGGCUCAGUGGAUUGAGUGUUGGCCUGCAAACCAAAAAUGCCACUGAUUUCUGAAUAUUAAUUUUGUAUUCUGUUAACUUGCUGAAUUUGCUUAUUAUAUCUAUUAUUUUGGGGGAGAAGUCUUCAGGGUUUCUAUGUAUAAUAUCAUGUCAUCUGCAAAUAAGGAUGGUUUUACCUUCUCCUUUCAGGUUAGGAUGCUAUUUAUUUCUUCUUUUUUUCUGAUUGCUGUGACUAGGACUUUUAGUACUCUGUUGAACAGAAGUGGUAAACAUGGACCUCUUAAUUGUAAGGGAAACACUUUUAGUUUUUGUUCAUGAGUAUGAUGUUAGCUGUAGGUUUGUCAUAUAUUGCCUUUGUUAUGUUGAGGUAUAAUUCAAAAGAGAACUCUUGUAUACUAUUUGUUAGAAUGUAAUUGGCACAGUCAUAUGGAAAACUGUAUGGAAUUUCCUAAAAAAUAAUUAUAGGAUGCCUAUAUUAUCCAACAAUUCUAUUUUUGUGCAUAUGUCUAAAGAAAACAUAAUUAUCAUGAGAUAUCUGUACUCCCAUAAUCAUUGUAGUAUUAUUCACAAUAUCCAAGAUAUGGAAGCAACUGAAAUGUCCUCUUAAAAUGAAUGGAUAAAGAAAAUGUGUGUGUGUGUUUAUACACACACACACUCAUGCAUAUGUCUAUAUAUAUGUACAUGCAAUAUUAUGCAGACAUAAAAGAGAUCAAUCCUGCCAUUCGUGACAACAUGGGUGAACCUGGAGGACACUAGGCCAAAUGAAAUAAGCCAAAGAGAGGAAAACAAAUCCUACAUGGUAUCACUUAUAUGUGUGUAACUGAACAUUUUAUUUCAUUUUCUAUUUUUAAAUCCUCACUCAAGGACAUUUUUAUUGCCUUUUUAGAGAGUGGAAUGGAGAAAGGAAGGAAGAGAGAGAAAUAUCAGUGUGAGAGAGAAAUAUCAGUUGGUUGCUUCCCAUAUGCACCUAAACCAGGAAUCAACCUGCAACCUAGGCCGUGCCUCUCCUCUUCCUCCCCAUGCUGAUCCUGUUCACUGAGCCUCCAAAGUCACUGGGAACAGAAAUGAACUAUUCCCAGAAAACAGUGCCCGAUGCCUGCACCCUGGUCAUGUGUGGCCCUGUGGAGAAUGGCCUGCCUGGUCGUGAUGGACGAGAUGGGAGAGAGGGCCCCCAGGGCCAGAAAGGGGAUCCAGGCCCUGAAGGAGCCAUAGGCCCACAGGGGCCUCCAGGUGCCGGGGGUCCCCCAGGACUGAAGGGGGACAAAGGUGCUCCUGGAGACAGAGGAGCAAAAGGAGAGAGUGGGCUUCCAGACAUCACUGCUCUGAGGAAGCAGGUGGAGGCCCUACAGGGACGGGUACAGCAUCUUCAGGGUGCCUUCUCUCUGUACAAGAAAGUGGGUCUGUUUCCUGAUGGCCGAGUUGUUGGAGAGAAGUUCUUCAAGACAGGAGGCUUUGAAAAAUCUUUCCAGGACGCACAGCAAAUAUGCAGACAGGCCGGGGGACAGUUGCCCUCCCCACGCUCUGCAGCUGAGAAUGGGGCCUUGCAGCAGCUGGUCUCAGCUCAUAACAAGGCUGCAUUCCUGAGCAUGACUGACUCCCAGACAGAGGGCAAGUUUGUCUACCCCACAGGGGAGUCCCUGGUGUAUUCCAACUGGAACUCAGGGGAGCCCAACAACAGUGGUGGGGAAGAGGACUGUGUGGAAAUCUACGACAAUGGAAAGUGGAAUGAUAAGUCCUGUGGAGAGAGGCGCCUUGUGAUCUGUGAGUUCUGAGCUACCCAGGGUGGAUGGGGCACUUGUGGCCCAGGAGCCUGGUCAGUGAGUCAGGGCCAAACCUGUGAGCUACCAACAUCCCAGCAAGAAGCUGACAUCUCUGCUGGCCACGGCUUCUCCUCAGAGCCAUGGGAUGAGGUCAGAGGUAGGGCUCCUGUGGAAUACCUCUCUCAGAAUAAAAUAUGAAUCUGG